UGCAUAUCGUUUAAGAAAAAAAGAAUUAAGCGGUAAACUUUCUGCGGCUACAGUCUAUGAAGAGAUGUUAAUAAGUAGCAACCUUCAUCAUUUCGGAACGAAAAUUCAAUUUCGUCACUGAUUCAGUGAUCCGAAAAUCACCCUAUGAAAUAGAGUGUCGUAAAAAGUUUAAAAAGUUUCAGAGUCGUUAUCCAAUAUCUAAAAAAGGGGGUCAAUAGACAUUAAAUUUUGACUAGUGAUGAAACCCCACCAGAUAAAUAUAUAUUUUUUCUUCUCUUCUCUUCACUCAGAUGUGUUAAAUCUGUGGAUACACAUAAUAAAGAAAUAGAUACAGAAGCACCUUCGCCCCGUCGGUGGAGUAUCUCUUACGUAAAGCCUCAAAAUUAAGAUAUAUAGUAGUGUUUAUAGAGAGAUACAGACAGGGAGUUGGGGAUGAGGAUGGUACGGGGAAGAUAUCUGGCGGUUGUGGCGGCGGUGUUUUCCGGCUUACUAGUGGCGGCGACGGCUGUGAUUGGGGGAGGGCAGAUUGGGUUUUCUCUAGAGAGGGCGUUCCCGACGAGUCACCGAGUUGAAUUGAGUCUGCUACGAGAACGGGACCGGGUCAGGCAUGGCCGGAUGCUGCAGAGUUUUCCCGGCGGCGUGGUUGAUUUCCCCGUUCAAGGCACCUACGAUCCGUUCCUCGUGGGGCUUUACUUUACCAGAGUUCAGUUAGGCUCUCCGCCCAAAGAGUUUUUCGUGCAAAUUGAUACCGGAAGUGAUGUGCUAUGGGUCAGUUGCAAUUCUUGUAAUGGUUGCCCGUCGUCUAGUGGACUUCAGAUACAGCUAGAGUUCUUUGACCCAUCAAGCUCACCAACAUCAUCAAUGAUCUCUUGCUCUGACAAAAGGUGUGGAUUUGGAGAACAGUCUUCAGACACUGGAUGCUCAACAGAAAACCAAUGUAGUUACACUUUCCAGUAUGGGGAUGGUAGUGGCACAUCUGGCUAUUAUGUGUCAGACUUAAUCCAUGUCGAUACAGUUGUUGGAAGCACAUUGACUUCUAACACAUCCGCCCAAGUUGUUUUUGGAUGUAGCACGUCUCAAACUGGAGACUUGACUAAGCCUGACCGAGCAGUAGAUGGAAUCUUUGGGUUUGGGCAACAAGAAAUGUCUGUGAUUUCACAGCUUUCUUCACAGGGAGUAACGCCGAAUAUGUUCUCACAUUGCCUGAAGGGAAACAAUGGUGGGGGUGGGAUUUUGGUACUGGGUCAGAUCGUGGAGCCAAGUAUGGUUUACACCCCGCUCGUCCCUUCACAGCUGCAUUACAAUUUGAAUUUGCAGAGUAUUUCUAUAAAUGGGCAUCCUUUACCCAUUGACCCACAAGUAUUUUCAACAUCAAACAACAGAGGGACAAUAAUUGAUUCUGGAACAACUUUGGCAUACCUUGCUGAGGAGGCAUAUCAUCCGUUUAUAAAUACGAUAAACGAGGCUGUAGCGGCAUCCACAAAACCUCUCGACUCCAAGGGAAACCAAUGCUACUUGAUCACAUUGAAUGUCUCUGAAAUAUUUCCAUCUGUUAGUUUGAAUUUUGUCGGUGGUGCUUCGAUGGUGUUAAGGCCCGAAGAUUACCUUUUGCAACAAAACUCCAUUGAUGGAGCUGCAGCAUGGUGCAUCGGAUUUCAGAAAAUGCAAGGCCAAGGGAUCACUAUUUUGGGAGACCUUGUCCUGAAAGACAAGAUUGUCUUUUAUGAUUUGGCAAACCAGCGGAUCGGGUGGACAAAUUAUGACUGUUCGAAACCGGUAAAUGUUUCAACAGCGAGCAGAGCAGGAAGGAGUGAAGUUGUGGACGCAGGCCAGAUAGACUACAACAAUUCGUCGUGGAACCAUCCACGCAAGCUAGUUUUCGCUCACUUGUUAAAUGUUGUGUUAUGGGCAUUUGGAGUUGUAACACUUUUGGUAUGAUUGGGUUUGGCUGUAUUCUUUUGGUAUUUGUACAGAGUGACCAUUAUUUAUUUGGGCAUGUCCAAAUUCUGCCUUUGUUUAGGUUCUCGUUUGUAACCUCACAACACCCAUAGAAACAAUUUAUGUACAAAAAAAAAACACUUUCCCGUUUAGUAUAUGCUAUAGUUUGGGAUUCUUUAAUGUGAUGAUGUGGGCAGAUGUUGUGGAGGGGAAAUUUAAUGUACUAAAAGUGACAAUCUUAAACAUUCUUUUGGUACAAUAUGAUGUCAUACGGUAUUAAAUUCUACUAUGUCAA